CUAUUGAUCCUGACAUACAUGCAGCAAGUAUUUCACCAAACAUGGUUCGAAUAACGGAGCAACUGAUUCGGAAACGUUCCGAGCACAAUGAACUCAUCAUCAGCACCUUGGAAGAACUGUCCUUGCAUCAGGAGGACAUCGACCGAAUCGAACACAUCGGCAACUGGUGUCGGGACCUCAAGAUCCUCCUUAUGCAAUCGAACCUGGUUUCAAAAAUCGAAAAUCUACACAAACUUAAGAAACUAGAAUAUCUCAACUUGGCACUGAACAACAUCGAGCGAAUCGAAAACCUGCAGGGUUUGGAAUCACUGAACAAGCUAGAUUUGACGUUGAAUUUCAUAGGAGAACUGACUUCGGUCGAAUCCCUGAGAGACAACUACAACCUAAGGGAUCUCUAUCUGACCGGAAAUCCCUGCACCGAUUAUCCCGGCUAUAGAGAUUACGUUAUGUGCGCUCUGCCGCAGCUGGAGACGCUCGAUGGAUUGGAAAUAACCCGAACGGAUCUACUAAAGGCGACGAAGAACUUCAAAGCGAAUCGCGACAGGAUCAUCCAACUCGAGCACGUCCAUAGAAUCGAACGGGAUGAACAGAAAAUUCGGGUGGCUCAAUCGCUUCGGGCGCAGGAGGACAACGUUAGGGACUUGGACGAUGAUGAACGUUCCGCUCAAUUUUGGCAGCAAAAAAGUGAGCACUGCCCGGAGACGCGGAUUCAGAUGGCCAAGCACUCCCAGAAAGCGAAGGGGAAACCCAGCGUGACCUUGGGGGAUUUGGAGAAUGGGGAGAGGAAGAAACCGAUACUCUUCGCCAAGUGUGGACGACCUUACAGUUUGAAUGAACCGAAGAUAAGGUUUGAUUUUCGCGACGAAGACGACCGAUACGAGUUGAAUUUGCAUGUUUACAAGUAUCUGGACACAUCAUACAUCGAAGUAGACGCCCAACCAAACUACAUCAGGGCAACGAUCAAAGGGCGCAUUUUUCAACUGGCCCUAAAAGACGAAAUUAAAACGGUUACGUCUUUCUGCAAGCGUUCCACGACUACGGGGCACAUGUUGAUCGUGAUGCCUAAAUUAAAUCCGCAGAACGUUGGGUUCGAUCUACCGAAAAAGCCGGCUUGGAUGAAGAAUGAACCCAUUCAACCAAACAACAGAGGAAAACAAGAACUUAAGGGAACCGUUGAUUAUAAGAACAUCGUCAAUAACAGCAAAAAUAAUCCGCAGGCAGAGAUUAACGAAGACGAAAUCCCUCCAUUGAUUUGAACGGUGAUAUUCUGCUUACAACUAAUGUCAUUUGGUUUACCUUAG